AACUACGCAUAAUUCCCAAAGAUGGCGGAGCAAGGUCCGAUGGCCAUAGCGAUGCGGCUACGAAAUCAGCUACAGUCCGUCUACAAACUGGACCCGCUGAGGAACGAGGAGGAGGUGAAGUUGAAGAUCAAGGACCUGAACGAACACAUCGUCUGCUACCUGUGCGCGGGUUACUUCAUCGACGCCACGACGAUUACAGAGUGUUUGCACACCUUCUGUAAAAGCUGUAUUGUGAAAUACCUGCAAACGAGCAAGUACUGUCCAAUGUGCAACAUCAAAAUCCAUGAAACACAGCCUUUACUCAACCUCAAACUGGACCGAGUGAUGCAGGACAUCGUCUACAAGCUGGUGCCCGGACUACAAGAAAGCGAAGACAAGAGAAUAAAGGAGUUUUAUCAGUCACGUGGGCUAGAGAGAGUCAUCCAGCCGACGGGAGACGAUGCUAUACCCGAUGCCACAGGUCUACCAUACACAAGCUUCGACCAUUCAAAAGCCCACUUCUACAGAUACGAUGAGCAGGUGUCGCUCUGUUUAGAAAGGCUAAGUUCAUCGCUUGCUGGAAAAGACAAAACGAAACUCGCUCUUCAGAAGUUCGUCCGGUGUUCUGUCCGAGCGGAGGUGAGACACCUACGGAAAGUGCUGUGUCAUCGUCUGAACGUGGAGAAACACCAGGUCCAGAUGUUGUUCAAUAACGAGUCUCUGCCCGAUCACAUGACCAUGAAACGGUUAUGGCUCUCACACUGGUUUGGCAAGGCCCAACCUUUAGUUCUUCACUACACCAUCAAGGACAAAAGGACCAGAUAGGACAUGUUUUCACUCUGAGGACAGCUGUACAUAUUUUGUACAAUACAUAUUCUAUUUUUAAUAGUGUUUGUGUACAUAUACUUAUUUUCCUUGUUUUGUAUUUUUGAAAAAUAAAUUUUGAAAUGGGAAACUAAUAGUUUGUAUUACUCGGUUACGGGACAGUAUGCUUUCACCUGCGUAUAGAUUUACAGGAAGUGUGUGUGUGUGUGUGCGUGUGUGUGUCACAUGUAGUAUCCUCAGCCUUUGAGCAGGUUUUAUAUUAACACAAUUGAAGUGUGCUUUGACUUUCUGCAGUUUUAUUUCACUUAUAUUUGAAUACCUCGGUAGUUUCUUGUACUUUGUCUUACACAAGCUUUGCAAAGAGUAAUUAAGUUAUUGGUUUUGUUUCUAACCUCUUGCUAUCUUUAUGUCACAAAUUGUGAUUAAUGACGUCGUGACUUUCUAUCCAAAGCCGACCUAGAGUCCCGUAGUACGUGUUGUAUUUUACGUUGAUGUCGAAGGAAAAGAAGUAUGAACCAUAGAGAUGAUCAAAGUAUUUAACAUACAGUCAAGAUAAUAAGUCAACUUCACCCUGCAGCUUUUUAAAAUCGCAUCAAACAUACCAGCUGUCCUCCAACAUGAUGUCAUUCACCUUUUUUAAAUGUUUAAAUUCAAGCAGCUACUCCUAUUUGAGUGUGCAGUGACUCUGGUUUCUCUCUGUUGAGGAGUUCUUGAUCAUCAGAGAAGUUGCAAAGAAAUCUCUUCCUCGCCCAACUAAAGACCGUCUGUAGCAGCACUCCUAGCAUUGGUUUGAAAUGGUGUCGGGACGCUGCAUUCUGCUCCAUUCUUUACGAACCUGCUCCGUCAAGUUUCACAGGGACUGAGUGAACGGUGAUUCUGGACGCCGACUUGGCCGUUCUCUUGAAUCCAUUCCUGCAGCUUUAUGUUGGAGGUUAUUGCCUGACUGGAGAAUAAAUCGUCUCUCAGGUUGCAGUUCUUCUGCAGACUGCGGCAGCUUUUUGGGCUUUCUGGGGUUUGUUGCAGAGACGCAUCUCCACAGUAAGAUGCUAACGCCGCUGGGCUUUUGCUCUAUGAGACACGAUUCUGGUGAUGGUGCAGUGAGUAAUACGAUGAUCAAAAAUGUCACUCGGUCAGUGUCCUGUACCCGCCCUCUGGCAAACACUGACCACAUCAUGAGUCUGAAUGUUCGCAGCAGUAGUUUUAUGCGUCUCUUAUCUGGACCGUGUAACUCGCAGCUCCUUCAGGUUCCAGAUCUCUCGGCCUGCUCACAGAUUCACAGCUGUGCUGUUCGCUCCAUAUUUAUAAUGCACUUCACUGUGAUAUUAUUCAGUGCCCCCUCCCGAAGUAGUGCUAGUUUACAGUAAACGUGUGACCGAUUAUUUUGUCUUGUGUAUAUGAUUUAGAUGCAGGUGCAUUUUAGAUUACACACAGGUGAUCUUAUUUCAACUCAUUGUAUAACUUCUAAAAUCUGUAAUGAUUUAAAUACAAGUCAAAGCAUUUAUUCAUUUUUCUUUUAAAAUAUUUGUACUACUUUAAAAUCAAUCUUUUGUUUUUUCUUAGAUAUAAAAAAGGCUUAUUUUUCGUUCCUACGGUGCCUGAAAAGUAAUUUUAUAGCCACGUAUACAAUAUAGUGGACAUAGCCUACAGACGGUUUGUUGUUGACUUAAAGGAGCUUAAACAAUGUGUCGUUGCUUUGACAUAAAGCUGGGGGACUUGCAAGAGACAGAUUUCAACAUGAACGGUCAAAGUUGAGGCAGAGAUGUCCAAACUUUUCAUCGCUAGCAUUAGCUGAUCUCCAAAACUGCUGGAAACUACAUUUCCAAUAACUCAACAGAUUCUUUAAUGAGUUGACAUCUUUAAAACUCCACAUCCCCAUUUUAAAGACACUUUUUCCUGUUAUUGUUUUUUUGUCUUGGAGAACUCAUCAGGCGUAUUGUUGUUGACUUUAGAAAGUUCCCUCCACAGCCACACACAGACAUUGAGACAGAGACAAUCAGUGGAGUGAAUGCCCCUUUAAGCAGCACAAUGUGAAAGCAGUGCAGCUGACAUUCCACCUGGUGUUUUAACCGGUGGUGUUUUACUGAAAAGGUUUGGUAGAUUAAAGCACUGUGAAGGCUUGACAAAGGAUCGCUAUAGUUUUUGACGCUGUUCAGCAUUUCUUCAGAACUAGAUUUGUCUCCCCACCUUCUCUCUUUGGAUAAUCCUCCCAGUCUGACACUAGGUGGCACACUCGGUGCUCUUCAGACGCGAGGCCGGAGGGAGGCUUUGAUGUGCG